AUGGGUGGAGGUAAUAAAUAUUUAUCAGCAAAUAAUAAACAAAGAGUUGGUUUUGUACAUAACCCAGGUAGUAAAAAAACAGCUCAUAUUCUUUCUUUACCAAAUCAAGGUUUAUGUUAUACAUGUCACGAAACUAUUGAAUGGAAAAAGAGAUAUAGAAAAUAUAAACCAUUAACUGUACCAAGCAAAUGUAAUCACUGUCAACAAAAAACUGUAAGAAGAGCAUAUCACUUAACUUGUGAUGAUUGUACUUUAAAAUUACAAGUAUGUGGUAAAUGCCAAAAACCAAAAGAAAUUAUAAAGGAAAUUAUUACAAAAGAAACUGAAAUCAAAGAACAAGCUGAAAUCAGAGAAGCUGUUAGAGAUAUGACUGAAAGAGAAAGAAGAACAUUUUAUAGAGAUUUAGAAAAAGGUGAUAAAAAAGAUAAAAAAGAUGAAGAGGAUGAAGAAGAGGAUGAAGAAGAAGAAGAAGAAAAAGGAAAAUCUAAAUCUAAAAAAGAGGAUGAGCAUGAUGAUGAAGAGGAUGAAGAAGAGGAUGAAGACGAAGAAGAGGAUGAACAAGAUUUUGAUAGUGAAGAUUAUGAUGAUGAUGAUGAAGAUUAUAGUGAAGAUGAGGUUAAAUUAUCAACAGUUCCAAAAACUAGAGCCCAAUUAACUGUUAAAUCUGUCACACAAGAUAUCAAUAAACUCUCUAAAAUAUUUUCAAAUGAAAAAGUUGAUAAUUUAGUUAAAACUAAACCAUCAUCUGCCAAAGUUGCUGAAUCAACAACCACUUCAACAACCCAAGUUGAUCAAGAUGAAGAUGAUGAAGAUGAAGAUGACGAAGAUGAUGUUAGACAAGUAUUAUCAGCUGAAGCAGUCUAUUUAAAACUCAAAGAACAAUAUAAAUCAAAAAGUAAAACUGAAAAGCAAUCAAAUAAAUUAGUUAAGGAAGAGGAUCAUGAAGAAGAUGAAGAUGAAGAUGAAGAUGAUGAAGAAGAAGAUGCAAUUUAUGAAGGCGAAGAAAAUGAUGAUGAAGAAGAUGAUGAUGAAGAAGAAAAUUAA